UUCUCUCUCCCCCUUCUCCCGACGAGUUGAAAAUGGACUUCGAUAAAAGCAGAUGUCCUCCAACUUCUCAAGGAAAUUACUCGCCUGUAUAUUAUUUACUCUACCCGUCAGCGUAAAAAAAAAAAAAAACUGAAAAGUGUUUAUUCAUUUCGGAGAUCGUUUUGGAUGCCUUUACUGCAAAUUUCUCGGACACGUUGACGGAGCUACGCUCGCGGCACGGCGCUUUUUCAAGUGUCCUGGACCUAAAGUUGGCAAAUGGAUGCUCGGCAUACAUAACCUACCAAGUGUUACAGCCUGUUCGUUUUUAUUUUUAUUAUUUUUUGGAGGAUUCAUAUACAGUUUUGCAAAGCGAGGACCUUGCUUUUCUUUGACGGAGGAUGAUGUUGGCUCAUUUGUUGUGGUUGGAUUUUACUUCCAGGGAGGACAAAAUGAAUCAACGAUUGUCAUUCCUCCUCCUCGCUGUUUAACGUUGCUGCUCGCAGGCAAAGAGCUAAACUAGCUUCGCUUUGGUGUUCACAGGAACGCUUAAGUUAGGCAUGCCUGUUUGUACACCGCUUACCAACUAUCCCUGAACAAGAGUGGUCGUUGUUUGCGAAGGAAAAUGGUGAUUUUUCUGGUAUUUUGUCCCGCCGUCGCUGCGUCGUCGAUGCUAUUGCUAGGGUUUGGAUCCCCGUGAGGAAAUAAAAUGAGUGAAGAUUCAACAAAUCCAAACAACGAUGACAGUUAUGCACGUGUGAGAGCAGUGGUCAUGACCCGGGAUGACUCCAGCGGUGGGUGGCUACCCUUGGGAGGUGGAGGCCUUAGCUGUGUCACUGUCUACAAGGUCAGCCGGUCAGAGGACAGCAGCAGCAUCCACAGUGGAGGAAGUGGCAGCAACCUCAGCCCUGGUAGCCCGAGUCCCAGCCCCAGUCCUAGUCCCAGUCCCACCGCUGUGGAGUUCCACAUCAAGGGUGAAAGGUUGAAAGACAAAAUGGUGGUACUGGAGUGUGUUCUGUCGAGAGACCUCGUGUACAAUAAGGUCAAUCCCAUCUUCCACCACUGGAGAAUCAAUGACAAGAAGUUUGGCCUGACGUUCCAGAGCCCUGCUGACGCUCGAGCCUUUGACAGGGGCAUACGCCGGGCCAUCGAGGAUAUUAAACAAGGAUGUCAUUCGUUCGGUGAGGGAGAUACUACCGAGGAUGGACUACCGGUGUGUGAUGAGCCUCCGUCACUCUGUACUCCCAUGAAAGAGCCCUUCUCUCCUCUGAGCAAUGUUGUCUCCACCGAGCCAUUCCGGGGUUGCUAUGUGCGCACCCAGCCCUUUGAUGACACCCGUCGCUACCUGCCUCCACAGUCGACACGUCGGGUCAGUUUCCGUGUUGAUGAAGAGGAGAUCGUUCGCAUCAACCCACGUAAAGACGUGUUCAUCCGAGGCUACGAGGACUACCGCCAUCCGGUCAUGAGCAGACUCGAUGCCGACCGUGAGGACUUGGACUUCCCCACCCACUUCAACAAACUGGACAGUAAGAAGUUUGAGUACCUCUUCCCAGACGGCCCCGGUGGCGACUCUCACUCUGGCCCCGGGAUGGGCAUUGGGACAGGUAUGGGGCUGGGGCUGGGCAAGGACACGGCCAUUAAGACUCAGCCGUCGCCCCUUCUGAAGUCCAAGAAGGGCCGCCGGCGACGAGAGGACGGUGAGCGCUCGCGCUGCAUUUACUGUCGCGAGAUGUUCAACCACGAGGACAACUGGCGGGGGCAGUGCCAGGAUGCCCCCGACCCGAUCAAGCAGUGCAUCUACAAAGUCAGCUGCAUGCUUUGCGCCGAGAGCAUGCUGUACCACUGUAUGUCCGACUCAGAGGGGGACUACUCGGACCCCUGCUCGUGCGACACGUCGGACGAGCAGUUCUGCCUGCGCUGGCUGGCCCUGAUGGCGCUCUCCUUCAUCGCGCCCUGCAUGUGCUGCUACCUGCCCCUGCGCGCCUGCCACCACUGCGGCGAGGCCUGCCACUGCUGCGGGGGCAAGCACAAGGCCGCGGGAUGACCCGACGCCGGACACCGGGACACCCUCAAAGCUAGCUAGCAAAGGCAGCGGAUAAAAGCGGAAAAUUAUUAGCCGGCAUCCUUUUUUCAUUCCUCUCUCUCAGAAGGGGGUGACGUGCUGUUGAUCCUCAGCUCUGAGGGCUUUUGGAGAUUUCAGUUUGUGUUUGUCGCCGACAAGCAGCAGUGGAGAACAAACAAUGUGCUUUUUGGGAGCUCUGAGCAUCAAGUUAAAUGCAGGAGCUUUAUCUGAGGUGACAAGGAGGACAAGACAUCAAGAUUAACAGACUUGGAGAUGUUACUCACACCUGUACUCACACAUAUACACACCUCUCACAUCCACUCAUAUGUUGGCAAAGCCAGGCCACAAUGUGUAACUUUAUGAAGGAAAAAAUAUAUAUUUUGUACAGAUAGCAACAACUAAAUGACAACAAAGAAAACAAAGUUACAACUGUAUUGAGGACAAAAAGUACUUGCUAAAAGGGAUGUGUUUUUGCUUUUUAUUUUGUGAAUUUGCAGUUGGGUAACAGUGGCCUUUCCUUCAUGGCUUAAGCGUUUGCUGACAAUGUAAUUACUCACCAGAGAAAAAUGUAUUCCCCCAAUUAAAGAUAACGAUUUUGAGAAUCWUGUGGCAUGUUGUCCCACGCGUUUAGUGCAAUUAAAAAUUUUGGGAGAUGUUCCUGUUGGAUGCAAAGCCAAAUUUCUUUGUUUAUAAAAACAAAAGGUGUUAAGUGGUUCCAGUUACUUUUUGAGGUACAGCUCAGCAUAAUCUUUAUAUUUAAAACUUACGUUUUUAUUUAAAAAAUAAAAAAGCUCUUCAGGGGUGAUUUAGACGUUUUGAUCCAAUUUUUAAUGCAACGUAUUCCAUGAGGGGAAGGRAACGUUUGGUUACAUCGUCACAAUAAAUUCUCCCAAGUCCUUAUUUUCUUUCUCUAAAUCAGAAAAGUCACAUAUAAAAACAUCUUGACCCAUUUAUUUGAUUGAAACCAACCCACUGCAGUUUCAUUUACUUCAGUGAAAUGUUAUAGAUCACUUAUUUACUGCUGUAAGGAAAUUGGUGUUUUGUUUAAUCAGAUUUUAAUUUUUUUUUGCUUGUAAUUAGUUUUGAAUCAAAGGUUGAAAUGUUGCUCAACCAGCAAGUUUUGUUUUGGUGGGGGAAAUAAAAGGGGUCACAGUGCUCCUUUUGUUAAAUAUUAAGGCACUUAAAUUAGAUGUUUUUUUAAUUGAGAAACCUUCAGAUUUCAAAACUAGUCUGUAGAUAAAUCAAACUAAUUUACCACCUAAUUGGGACUGGGGGGAAACCCGACAAUUAAAGCACUGUUCUCCAAGCUUUGGUUGCAGCACCCUCUCCAUUUUUUUUUCUGUUCAUGCAUUGUUUACUGUUCAUUCUGCAUAAAUGUAGUAUUACAUUGUUUUUCAAAAGUGUG